CGAAAGAAUUCGAUUUAUAAAUAGACUACGCAUGUUAACAAGUAUUCAAAACGUUGACAGUGUUUCAUAGUUAUAUUAACAGAAAUCAGAGUCUUACUAUGUAAUAUAUAAACGCAAAUUGAUCUUUAUGUUAUGAAAAGAUACAAACAAAAAGAAAAUUUGUACGUGUGAAAGAAAAAAAGAGAGAGAGAGAGAGAGCGAGAGAGAGAGAGCGAGAGAGAGAGAGAGAGAGAGAGAAUAUUUUAAAUAUGAAUCAAACUCAUAUCGACUUUGUCGCUCAACUCAAAAAUGCCGGCAAGUUUUGGUACAUCGUUAAUCCUUUCGAAACAACUUUUGAACUUCCCCAUCAAGUACCUGAUUAUCAACAGCAGAUCUGGAUACCCUUUUUCUUUCUUAUCAUAUUAGAGCAAGUAAUAUUAACUGCGAAGAAUAAAAAGAAAUCAUUUCGAUUGAACGAUCAAGUGACGUCGUUCUCUCAUUGGAUAUUUCAAGAGUCUGGCCGCAUAUUCUUUCGCGGGGCAGAAUAUUAUACUUACAUUAAAAUUUAUGAGAAUUAUCAUCAAUGGAAUCUAUCGUGGAACUCCAUUUGGACUUGGUAUAUAACUGCUUUAGGGGUAGACUUUUGUUAUUAUUGGGUACACCGUAGUAAUCACGAAGUACAUUUUUUGUGGGCUCACCAUCAAGUACACCACAGCAGCGAGGAAUUCAAUCUCGCGGUUGGUCUGCGCCAAUCGGUACUACAACAUUGGUGCAAUUUUAUCUUUUAUUUACCUCUUGCUUUCUUCAUACCACCAUCACACUUCAUUGUUCAUCAUCAAUUCAACUUGAUUUAUCAACUUUGGAUACACACGACGAUUAUUAAUGAUCUCGGACCGUUAGAAUUAAUAUUUAAUACUCCGAAGCAUCAUCGCGUUCAUCAUGGAUGCAAUCUAUACUGCUUGGAUAAAAAUUAUGGUGGAGUUCUUAUAAUCUGGGACAGAUUAUUCGGGACCUUCAUGGAAGAGAAGGAUGAACUCAUUUACGGUUUAGUAACCAGUCCACGAUCGUUCAAUCCCUUGUACCUCCAGACGUUUUAUGCGAAAGCGAUGAUAGAAAAGAGUAAGAGCAUGAAAUCUUCGGCAAAUAAACUAUCCGUUUUGUGGAAGGGUCCUAGUUGGUAUCCAGGUGGACCACGUUUGGGUCUUGACAAGUAUAAAAUAAACGUAACGUCUAGAACCAAAUACAAUAUUCGUAUACCAACGUGGCAAAGCGUCUAUAUUAGUUUGCAUUUUUUAAUAAUUUUUUAUAAACAUUUGCAAUUAUAUAAUAAUGAAAAACAAGAUAUAAAUAAUUUUGUAGGAAUAACAAUAUUGAACAAUAUAUUUGCUCUUAUCGUUAUUGGAUUAUUGUUCGAUAAGUCAGAAUAUGCUGAAUUGGUGGAACUCGUUCGAUGUAUUGUAUAUUUAUUUAUUUCAUAUGAAGAUUGUUGUCUUAACGUUCUGAUAUAUUAUAUUUAUAUAAUAUCUUGCUUUAUUUGGAUCUUUCAAGUAGUACAUCAAGUGAAAACAAAUUUGUUACGAUUAUGACUUUGUAAGGGUACAUUCAAUCACAAAAAAAAAAAUAAGAAUACUAUCGUUACUUAUUUAAUUUAAGUUAAAGAAAGACAAAAUAAAUUUUU